AUGCGUAAAUUCUUUACUCAAAUUCCUAAAGCUGUUGAAUUGUUGAAAGCAAAUCCAACUCUGCCAGUUAGAGCCCAUAUUGAAUACUGUUCAGGAUGAGGAUAUCGUUCAUAAGCUAUUUUAGCUGAAGUAUGCUUAAAGCAUCUCUAUCCAAAAAGUGAAGUCACUUUAAAUUCACCAGAUUCAGUAAGAAUAUUUGACUAUUUAUAUAGAGAACAGGUAAUAUUGAAGUGACAAUAUUUAAAUCUGAUGGAAAAAAAGAAUUAGUCCAUUCUAAAAAAAAUGGUUAAGGAAAUAUCACACCUGAUAAUGUUGCUGAAAUCAUGUAAAGAGUGAUAAGGUUUGUUGAAUGAG